CAAAGACACAAAGACACAGAAUGUAGGAGGGUCCUUUGAGGUCCUCCAAAAUGCGUAUAUCUUCCUCUUCCACUACAACCUCUCUUCUCUCACACCCAUCAUCUCUUCCUCCAUUAUCAACCUCAAAAACCCCCCAUAGUGACUCCAGCAUCCUCAUUAACCGCCGCCACCUCCUCACUGCACUCACCUUAUCCAUCUCCACUGCCCCUUUGAUAGCUUCUCCUCAGACCAAUUAUGUCAUCCCAGUACUCGUGCCGGUCGCAGGUGCGCGCGGCCUCUUCCAGAUGCCCCCUUUUCGGCUCGUCAAUAGGUAUUUUCUGGUGAGGGCUGGGGAGUCUGAAUAUGAGAGCUUGGGAAUCAUCAAUACGAACCCAGUUGCAAAGACUUCGGUGGAUAGCGGGUUGUCGGAGAAAGGGAAGAAGCAGACUGUGAGGGCUGCGUUUGAACUGAAGGCAAAGGGGGCUUGUGCAAAAGGAUGUUGGAUUUGGCCUUCUAUUACUCAGAGAGCUUACCAGGCGGCAGAGAUCAUUGCAUCAGUUAAUGGGGUCAGUCGAAGCUAUAUAGUGCCAGAGUACAGCUUUCUAGAUGCUCGUGGAUUGGGAGCUUAUGAAGGCAAAAACUUGGAAUCCGUUUCCAAAGUAUAUGCAUCAGAUGGUAUUUCUACGAGCAUAAAACCUCCUCCUACUGAUGAUGGAACCCCGAACGAGAGUGUUGCGGACGUGUUUGUUCGUGUCACACAACUCAUGUCAAUUCUUGAGACCCAGUAUUCUGGUGACACUGUAAUUAUUGUCUCGCCAGACUCUGACAACUUGACAAUCCUACAAGCUGGUUUGGUUGGACUUGACCUGCGAAGGCAUUCUGAUCUUUCUUUUGCUCCUGGCGAGGUCCGCUUUGUUGACCCCAGUAGCAUUCCUGCUUACAAGCAACCUGCAUCUGCUGUAUAUAAAUGUUUUAAUCCACCAAAUUGUAACUAACUAUUUUUUUCCCCUUUGUUGUAAUAAUUAAUGUACUCAGACAGAAGCAAUUGAUAUGGCAGAUUGCCUUCCUCUUC